CUAACACACCAAUAGCACAAUAGCACACUAAUAGCACACUUGUAACACAUUAAUAUCACAUUAAUAUAUCCCCUCUGUGGAAACAUCUGACUCCAACAUGUCAACAACAACCUGGCUAUCACAUGAUCACAUUUCUCUGAUGUAUGCAAUAAACACAUAUCUAAUAAGAGAAUGCCUCAUUAGCAUAUUUAAACAUUACUAUAUAGAAAACUGGAAGAUUGGUUUUGCCUCAUUCCCCCGUUUCAUAAAGUGUGUUAUCAGAUCAUGUUAAAGUGAGUGUUCUGUCAUAGUGAUGAUUACUGUGGAUGAUAUUCAUGAAAUGUACCAUCAGUGUGAGAUAUGUGAAGUGUGUGUGUGUGUGUGUGUGUGUGUGUGUGUGUGUGUGUGUGUGUGUGUGUGUGUGUGUUCAGACUGGUGGAGGAACUACGGGGCAGAGCAGUAUGGAUCGGACUCGGUGUGUUUGUACCAGAAGUCGGCCUUUAUCAUGGAGCAGUGCACGAGGAAGAUGACGUAUCCUGACUGGGGCUCCGGCUGCUACAAGGUGCUGUGCUCUCCCUCUGGUCUCACAGUGUUUGUUCAGGAUGUGUCGUACCUCUGCCUGAGAGCUGGUCAGCUGCUCAGUGUCAGUGUGAAGCUGAAUGACUGGGUUUAUAACGGACAGUUGAUCUGCCCCACCUGCAAAGACUUCUGUGAACACUGCCCUCUCCAAGCCCCGCCCCUCAACACCUCCAGGAGCAUUCCCAUUGACCCGUGCUCCGGAGCUCCGGGGUUAGCCUUCACUCUGUGGCUCCUGAUGCUCAACCUGCUCCCCCUGGUGGCCGGACUGAGGCUCUGCACCCACAGCUGAUACAUACAUACACCGUCUCACACAGUCUCACAAACGCGACCGAAACACUGGCGGACUCGGGGCUCUUUUAUCUCCUCUUUUCAUUCCUUCUUCUAUGGAUCUUUUUACCGUAACAACGACGACAAAGAGCCGACCGCACGAUAUUUCUGCCUUUUCUAUUGGCUCGUGGUGCAGCUGGAAGCCUUUCUACCCAGAAUCCUCAGCUUUGUUUGCGCUGUUCUCUUCCAUCGAGCCGUAUCUAACAGCUGAUUGCUUUGUGACUUCACCAUAACGGUUGGUGCUCUCUUUACGAAGUGUUUCUACGAUUUAAAGACUCUUUUUCAAAUCAGACUUUUAUUCUGAAAAGCCUACUUCCUGUGAGCGAGUGUGAGGUUUUGGAGCAGCCAGAGGUUUACAUUUCUAACCAGAUAUAUGACUCUUUCCUAAGAAGCACUUCCUGUUUUUAGAGGAAGUGUAACGGUUUAUUAAUAAGAGAUGAGUUCAGAGUUUAUUGUGAAGAAGAUGGUCUGCAUGAAAGCUCAGUAAAAGUCCCUUUCCAGAGUUACUUAACGCAUCUUCUUAGGUAUCGCAUUCAAAAUGAUGCAUUCAGGGUUCAUUCAAGUAAUUAAUGUACAAAAAAACAUCACUAAUUGGAAUUAAAAUGUCUCAAAUCAUUUGUUUUUGACUAAAUAAAUACUAAUACAUUUUAAGAUGGAUUUUCUGGGUUGGUUUUUUCAGA